GGUCUCUACCACAUCAUUCAUAAUUAUCUUUAAGCCCCGUAACAAGCUCAUGGGCAGGAAUGUAAGGUUUUUGGGGGCUGGCGCCGCCCACACUUCCUGGUAUAUCUGAUAGAGGCUUGAUAUCUACAAUGUGUGCCCCUCCAACAGCUGAAUGGUCUAUAUUUGUAUCAUGUGGUGUGGUCUCGACGCCGCCUUCGGUCAUCAGGGCGCAGCAAUAUAGGUUGCUAAUAGUAACCCUCAAUGUGCUAAUUUGUCAUUGUCCGUUGACAAUGGCGAGCAACGCACGUAAUAUCACCCGAUUGGACUUCGAAGAAUCAGCCAUCUUGAUUCUUCAGAGCCAGUUAUAGCUUAGUAUUGAGUGCUUCUUUGCCUACUCGGCAAGGGAAUGCCCUGUGAUGGGUCACAGUGAUCUUGCAGAGCUGCUGCAGGCACUCCAAUGUCAUGUUGGCAUUGCAACUAAGGGGGCUCAAGGGGUAUAGCAAGGAGUAGGGGUGGUGCGGCGUCAAUUGCCGUAAGAGCGGCCUCUGCACCAAUC